AUGGAGAUUCCGACGGUGGAUCUAUCGGAUUUCUUGAGAGAUGAAGGAGAAACUAGUAAAGAAGGGAAGAAGAAGGCAAUAAACACAAUCAAAGAAGCAUGCUCAGAUUAUGGUUUCUUCCAAAUAGUCAACCAUGGCGUACCCCUCGAUCUGAUGAUCCAGGCCGUCCACCUGUCCAAGAUAUUCUUUGCAUUUUCCGAUGACGAAAAGCUCAAAUACAGCCCGGAGAGUGGUGCACCUCUUCCGGCGGGUUACAACAAGCAGCCGGAAAACUCGCCGGAUAAAAACGAGUACUUGCUGAUGUUUCAGCCUCAAUCUGGCUUCAAUAAUUUGCCCACAACUCCUCAUGGUUUCAGGGAAGUUGUUGAAGAGAUGUUCAUGCAUUUGAGGAAAACGGGAGAACUCAUCGAGAAAAUUCUGAAUGAAUGCUUGGGUUUGCCUCAUGAUUUCUUGAAAGAGUACAAUAAAGAACGGAGCUGGGAUUUCAUGGCGGCACUGCGGUAUUUUCCGGCGACGGAAACGGAAAACAACGGCAUAACGGAGCAUGAAGAUGGUAACUUAGUCACAUUUGUAAUACAAGAUGAAGUUGGAGGACUUGAGGUCAAGAAAGAUGGUCAAUGGAUACCUGUUGUUCCUGCUCAAGCCACAAUUGUUGUCAAUUUAGGUGAUGUUAUUCAGGUGUUGAGCAACAACAAAUUCAAGAGUGCUACUCACAGAGUUGUGAGAUACAAGGAGAAGAACCGGCAUUCAUUCGCGUUUUUCUUCACCGUAGAGGGCGAUAAGUGGGUCGAACCAUUGCCUCAGUUCACAGACGAAAUUGCAGAAAAACCGAAAUACAAAGGAUUUUUGUACAAAGAUUAUCAAGCCAUGAGAAUGAGGAACAAGACUCAUCCCCCUUCUAGGCCUGAAGAUGCUAUCACCAUUAAGCAUUAUGCUAUAGAAUGAAUUAAUUAUUUGAUUAAUUGUAAAACUUUGUUUGAGUUUUUCUUUUUUUGCAU